AUGGCUUCGGCUGUCAUAAAUCCUGCUUUUGUACCUUUGGGGCGAGCUUUCGGGAUUACACCUGUACAGGCAUCUUAUGAGCUGACAGUAUACAUCGUUUUUGGAGGGGUAGGACCGCUUCUGGUCGUACCAUUUGCCAAUAUCUACGGACGACGCCCGAUAUAUCUUGGAGGUAAUCUCUUAGCCGCUAUUGCGAAUAUUGUAGCGGGUAACUGCUCCACCUGGGGCGGUGUCCUCGCCACCCGCGCAUUCUCAGGAAUCGGAGCCGGCAGCACAAUUGCUAUAGGGGCCGCGACAAUAUGCGACCUAUACUUUCUCCACCAGCGAGGGUUUUUCAUGGGUAUCUUCACCUUUUUCCUGACUAACGGACCACACAUCGCUCCGCUGAUUGGGGGCUUCACCGCUCAGAACUUGGGCUGGAGAUACUGCUUCACCAUACCGGCCUACAUCCAAUUUGCCCUCUUCUGUUACAAAGCGCAGAGCGCUGAGAUAUCAACCCUUUUGAACCUCUUCCGGCAUAUAUUCAGUGCUUUUCUGUCCUUCUAUGCAAUCCCACUUGGAGAGAAGAUCCAAUUUCAAUACGCCUGGCUGAUAUUCGCCCUUCUUACCGUGGCGUUAAUGCUACCUAUGGGAGUUUUGAGGGUGUACGGGGAAAAGAUCCGCUCUUCGAGCUGGCAGAAACCACCAAACUUUCACAAAGACCUUUAGACGGUGAACCCUUUUUCCCCUUCCACGAUUCUUUUGCUCUUGUGCCUGAAUUCGAGCCAGUCAAAGUGUAACUAUGAUGGAGAACGGACCCAACUUGGAAACGGCAGUGCGGUCAUCUGUACUCCGGGGCUUUCUUUUAAGUAUAUAGUUCCUUUCUGUGCUGUAUUACACCUGCGCCGAGACCAAGCAUGGUCCAGUAGAGCUAUAUUCUACCUCUUCUCGCUG